AAUUGCUGACUGCGCGUAAAUUAGUCAGUCAGCAGCGUUCAGACUGUGAGGUUCGUUUUAAAGGAAUACAUAUCACAAUGAAGAGUGACGAGAUAAUUGAGAAAAUUCGAAGGAAACUUAAGGAAUCAGAUCCAGCUAGGCGCACCGUGGUAAACACUUUCCAAUUCAAUUUUACAGACGUCGAUGGCAACCUUAUCAAAAGCAUGGUUUUUGAUUUCAAAGCUUUGGACAUAUACGAGGGUAGCGCUUCGGAAGUCGACGGGCGCAUUACGAUUGCUGACGAGGACUUCUACUCAAUAGGCACUAAGCAGAUAACUUUUGAGGAGGUGGUGCAGCAGGAGAAGGCCAAAAUCGAAGGAGAUGCCGAGGCUAUUAAUAAAAUGUUGGAGAAGUUUCGUUUAAACUCGCAGAACUAGACGCUGCGAAUAAAAAAAACUUUGUGCACAAUUUAAUAUAUAUUUCAGUAAAAUAUAUAUGUUUUUGGUAAUAAAAACGAAAUGUAUAUUUCUGUGUA